AUGACGGCAAUUUGCCCUUGGACGUUUCUGGCAGAUGAUGCUCCACAGAUGCCAGCAGCGCCAUCGCCUCCGAAGGCUAAGUCUUUCGCUUCCAUCCUCAGAAAUUCGAUGGAAACAUCAAUCACGUAUAGCCAAUUGCCGCCUCCCAUGGUGAGAGGUGGAAAGACGUAUGUGAAAAUUAGUGAAGAUUUGUACCAGGAUCAACUGAAAUCAUUUAAGACUAACUUAAUUGGUAGAUUGCUGCUAAGAAAGGGUUCGCCUCCUUGCAAGGCUACUGAUCUCAAGGUUGUGCUGCAUAAGCUCUGGCAGCCUAUUUCCCCAUGGCGUUUGGUGCCUCUAGGGAAGGGGUUUUUUGAUAUUCACUUUGAAACUGAGGAAGACAUGCGACGCGUUUGGGGCGGAGGCACAUGUACCCUAACUAAGGGAAUUUUCCGGUUAUCGCAGUGGAAACAAGAUUUUAAACCUGGAGAUACUUGUCCUCAAACGCAUGCUCAGGUCUGGGUUCGCAUACUUGGCCUUAGCCAAGAUUAUUGGCAUCCAAGGCAUCUGCUUGAAAUUGCGCGAGGUAUUGGUACUCCGUUGCAGUUAGAUCGUGCUACUAAAGAGAGGGCCUUUGGAUACUUUGCCCGGCUUCUAGUAGAUGUUGACCUCACUGGUUCUCUUCCAUCUACUCUCAUGGUGGAAAGAGAAGGCUACGAAUUUGAGGUUAGUUUGGAGUAUGAAAGGCUCCCACCAAUUUGUAGCUGCUGUGGUUUGGUUGGUCAUGAUGUCAAUCACUGUCGACAGCGUAAAUCUACGGAGGAUCCGAAGAAGAAUGUGAAAACUACUGAAGCAUCCAAGCAAGUUGCAGGGAAGCAAGAAUAUCGGCUUGUCAAGUCUAUAGUUGUUAAAGCUCCCAUUGCUAUUGCACUGAUUCCCACGGAAUUGAUCGUUAAUUCCCCAAUUGCAGAGGACAUUAUUGAGAAUGCACAGCUUGGUAAUAAUAGAGACUCAAGCGCGGUGGAGCAGUUUGUGAACCAAGUAAUUGCUGAGGCGGCAAAUGAAGAAAUUGAUCAUAUUGCACAGGUGGUGGCUGCUGAACCAUUGGUUGAGAAUAUCUCUCAGGGAGAGAAUGUAGCUAUCAAUUCAACUGAUUUGCCUAGAAGUCCUACUCAUGUGAGCAACACUAUUCCAUCUCCAUCCAAGUCAUGGUUCGAUAAGGUGGAAGAGGAACAGAAUGCUAGUACGGGUGUUAGUCCUGAGUUCCCUCCCGGUUUCACCCCGGCAAAUGCUUGUCACCUUGAGGGCUCUUCUUCGUCCUCUAUUGCUUUACCACAGCAUGUACAGAAGGAUAUUGCAGUAGUUAAUUCAUGGUUGUUGGGUAAGGAUUUCAUUGAGGAUCAUGCUUUGUCAUACUUGGGUCCUAAUAAAAUCCUCACGCGUUCUCAACGGAAAAGGUUACGAAAGAAAAUUCGAGAUACAAUCAGUCAGAAUGGAAACCCCUCCUCUGGUGGGGCUCUUGCUCUCUCUUCAAAUUGA